CGGUAUUUAUUCCCCUUUUAGGGCACAUGUUCUAAUUAGGGUGAAAUUAUAACAAUUAAUAUUUAAUGCAGCUGCAAUCAAUUGACACAUUUUGCAUGUUACAAAGAAAAUGUCAUUUAUAACAAAAAGUAGUUUUUUUACUUUUGUAUACAUUGAAAUGUGAAAGUCGUUAAGGUACUUAACCGAUAUAUUAUCCAAUUGUAUACGACGUAUGUACUUCUGCUGCAAAAUAUUCCUAUGUCACAGGUUUCAUUGAAAGUAAAAAGGUUAACCUAUAUAAAUACAUAUAUGUACAUACACGUGUCGAGUCGAAUGCGGGUCUAGAUAUUUCAAGUACAAGAGAUGACGUCGAAUGAUCCGCCAAACUUUUUUUGUACAAAUUUUAAAACCUUUAUCAUUUCUUGCACGGUAAACAAAAGGAUCAUUUGACCAUCAAAGUUAAAGAGAUGACUUAUUCCUUGUUCCUUAAAAAAAAAAAUGAUUAAAAAUAUGAAAAUUAGUAGAAACGUGUAUUUCUUAACCGAUGUAUUUUAUUUAUGAACUUUUUAAAAUAAUGGUUUAAAGUUACCAACCGUUUGAUUUUAUAUUAGAUCAGUGAUCUCUAAUUUCCAAACUUUGUUCACUUUGUGUACGCAAGUUUGGUUCUUAUUUUAUUUACACUCUGCAUUCGCAUCAUUAUGAAAAACACUACCAAGUGUUGAAUAAUCCACUACCUGUUCUUUUAACCCUUUCAGAGCCAAAACGUAUAUUGUGUACGUAUUAAACUCCCUUAUACAAAUCACGUGAUGUGCCAUUGGCUACGAAUGGAUUAAAAAAUCAGAUGCGCCCACUUGGAUCGACGAUAACCCCCGAAUAAAGGAAACCACGCCCUCGAAGGAUCUUACCAAUGACGAGCACAUGUCGAUCAGCGAGAAAAACGUGAAAAGCCGUCAGUCGGAGUCGGUCGUGGCGGCGUGCGGAGGUCCCUGGGAGUUCGUGGUGCUGGCGACGGUGGUGAUGGCCUUGGCCAGGGCAGGAGUGGUUCCAGUUGGACCCUCGGCACCCGUGGCGGUAGGACCCUUCGUUAAAACCGCCGACGAUUACGACCCACACCCCCAGUACGCCUACGCGUACGACGUCCAGGACAGCCUGACAGGGGACGCCAAGAGUCAGCACGAGACCAGGAACGGGGACGUCGUCACCGGAAGCUACAGCCUCAUCGAAGCCGAUGGCACCCGCCGGGUCGUCGAGUACACCGCGGAUCCGGUCAACGGAUUCAACGCCGUCGUCCACAGGGAACCGGCCGUCGUCAGGGCUGCACCUGUCGUGAACCACGCCGCACCCUUCUUUGCACCUGCGGUCGCAUACCAGCACUGACCUAGCUCACCUGCGCAUCCGUAGACGCAACAAAGGUUGGGAAUUGCGAAUUGCGAAGGGUGAUCCAAAAUGGCGGAGUCGUCAAGUUAGCCGACCUCGACCUUCCAAUGCGUCCUGGAGAUGCGGAACGAAAGCGGACUUCGCGGCAUUAAGGC